AUGUCUUUGUCCAAGUCAGAGGAGAAGCUAGCCCACGAGCUGAGCUGCCCGAUCUGCCUUCAGCUCUUCUCUAAUCCGGUGGUUCUUCCCUGUGGCCACAACUACUGUCAGGCCUGUAUCCAGAAGACCACUGAUGCCACGGACAAGAGUGGCAAAACACUGCCACGUUGCCCAGAGUGUCGUGAGGAGUAUCAGGGUAUAGAUACCCUGCAAAAAAACUUCAAACUCUGCAACAUCAUUGAGGGUUACUUAGCAAGCGCACCACCGCUGGAGAUUCAGCCUGAGACGUCCCAGAAGAUGGAGGUUUACUGCGACCACUGUAUAGAUGAGCGGUCACUGGCUGUGAAGACCUGCCUGAAGUGCGAGGUGUCACUGUGCUCCAGGCACCUUCAGAGACACCACGAGAAGGAGUCGUUCAGGGCCCACUCCGUGGUGGAGCCCCUGACUGAGUUUGGGAUGAAGGACUGUGCCAUCCACCGGCGUCCCCUUGAGUACUUCUGCUCCAAUGACAUGACCUCGCUGUGCACCACAUGCUUCAUUGAAGGCCAUCACAAGAACCAUGAUGUUCUCACCUUCACUGUAGCCGAAGAGGAGAUGAGGCGAGCGCUGGAGAACCGCAGCAAGGUGGUUUCCUGUAGGCUGCAGAUGACAGAAGCUCUCCUGCAGAAGACAGCAGAGGAGCAGGGAGCCUCUGAAGCUAUAGAAGACAAACUGGUCAACAAGGCUGUCUCAGUCAUGGAUGGAAUGGCUGCACUAGUGGACAGGUACAGGGAGCGUCUGCAUCUGCUGUUAGAGGAGGAGCGAGGCCAGCGCAGAAAGAGCUGGCAGAUUGGACUAGAGGCUCUGGCGGAGCAACAGCAGCAGUUACUGGAGGCCCAACGAAGUGCCAUGCAGGCCCUCAAUGUGACAGACACAUGCCUCUUCAUACACAGGUUCAUGCUGAUUGAGCACAAGCUGAGGGAAGUCGUCUCAGGCACUGUUCCCUCCAAGAUCCCCUCAAAGGCUCCGCUCAACACCAAGCGUCUCCAGGCAGGUCUCAAAACCCAAGACUUCCGCUUAGAAAUGUCCCGCCUCCUGGAUUCCCUCUCUAUCCUUCUCAACCCUCUGGACCUCUCCUUCAACCUCUGCACUGCCCACCCCAGCUUGAUAAUCUCCAACGAUCUGCGCACGGUCAAGUACAGUUCCACUAAGCAGUCCUAUGCAGAGCACCCAGAGCGCUUUACAACCGCACCCCAGGUCCUGUGCAGCCAGGGGUUCUCAUCAGGUGAGCACAUAUGGGUGGUAGAAGUGGGGGCCAACAGCAUGUGGUCACUGGGCGUGUGUUACAAGAGUAUCCCUCGUCGUGGUGACCACAGUCGUCUAGGACACAACUCUGUGUCCUGGCGACUGCAGUGGAAAAACGGCAAGCUGACAGUGUGUCAGUCCUCCUGCAAUGUGGCACUGGCGGAAAUGGCCCAUCAUCCACUGAGGAUUGAGGUAGCGCUGGACUAUGAGGGGGGGACAUUAAGGUUCCACAGCACCAAAGGGCGCAGGGAGCACCUCCAUACCUUCAGGGCUGUGUUUAGGGAGCCGGUUUACCCAGCAUUCAGUAUCCACUCAAACACAUCAGAGUCUUGGAUCACACUGCACAGUGGGAUGUGA